AUGACGAACCUAAGCACGUUCGCUCGCGGUAUACUCUGCGGCAUUGCACUCCUCCGGACUUUCGUGGAGGGCUCUCCCUUAUCCCACGAUGCUGUGCCCCGUUAUUUUCGGAAUACCCCCUUUACACGGAGAGAGAUAUCAGUCUCUGGAAUCGAACAAGAGCUAGGCCCGUUACUUUCUCCAGGGUCGGCCAUAUUCUUGCCUUCAGACCCUGAGUGGUCAGAUGUGAACGAGAGGUGGAACACAUUGGAACCCCCUGACAUUGAGGUCGUUGUACAGCCAGCAAAGGAGUCGGAUGUCCCAAAAAUUGUCCGGUUUUGCAAUGAUCAUAGCCUCGAGUUUCUGGCCGUUAAUCGCGGUCAUGGCUUCACCACAUCUCUAGGCGCAUUCAAAGGGGUUCAAAUUGAUCUAAAACAGCUUACGGACAUCACUAUCGAUAAAAGUGGGAAAUAUGCUUUAUUUCAGGGUGGAGUACGGGCCAAAGAGGUCAUGGCAACACUUUGGGAUCAUGGCUAUGUUACAGCUACCGGAUCAGCUGAAUGUGUCGGCAUUGCUGGGCCUGCUCUGGGCGGCGGACAUGGGCGCUAUGAGGGCCUAUAUGGCCUUGUUAGCGAUAAUAUCAUCCACUUGAACCUUGUCCUGGCUGAUGGCUCAAUGAUAUCCGUGAAUGAGACAAGUCAUAGUGAUCUACUCUGGGCUAUGAAAGGGGCUGGUCACAACUUCGGUAUCGUUACUAGUCUCAAGCUUAAAAUUUAUCCGAAGAAGAUAGAUACUUGGCACUAUCACAACUAUUUCUGGACACAGGAUAAGCUCGAGACGGUGCUCGGAGAGUUGAACAAACUCCAAGAUAAUGGCAAAUCGCCUGUGUUGUUGGGUGCAAGUUAUGGGCAAAUCUAUAUAAAUCAAUCAAUUAGUAAGACCCAGGCUAUGCUCUGGUGGACCUUCGCCUAUGCUGGUCCCGCUUCCGAAGCCGAGAAAGUUCUUCGCCCGUUCAACAAGAUUAGCGCCGUUCACGAGGAGAUGGGCGAUGUCUCCUAUCCCGAAAUAGUUAACCCUCAAAACACCGGGAUGGCGUCUUGCGGUUCCGCACCCUAUGCCAUUUCCACUAUCUUACUCCAAACCUACAACAUAACGACAGAGCGCAAGGUCUACGACCUUUUCAACAAAAACGCGGCAUUAUAUCCCGAACUUGGGGAGGCUUCUCGUCUUUUCUACGAAGGCUACGCGGUAAAGGGGAUGCAGGCCGUUGAUCCCGCCUCUACCGCGUACCCGCACCGGGACGAAAACCAUCUAGUGUUCUACUCAGCCGCAGUUCCCGAGGGAUCAAACCUGCGUGCGACCGCUGAGACAUGGGCUAAAGAUAGUUGGGACCUGUGGACCGCGGGCCAACCCACGCGCAAGCCGGCAAUAUACGUAAACUAUGCGACAGGCAACAAGUACGAAUCGCUUGAGUCUAUAUAUGGAUACGAAUCAUGGCGCUUGGAUAGAUUGCGCGGGUUGAAGAAGAAGUAUGACCCUCACAACCGCUUUCGCUUCUACGUUCCCAUUGUCUCGAAAUGAGAACCCAGAGAGUAGGUUGUUAAGGACACUAUUUCAUUUCCGCACUCUCAUCCUUAUGUAUUUUAGUUGCUCCUUUUCUGAAUUUGUAGUUCUAAACAUGUAUUAUACAGGUGCCUUUAGGUAGCUAGAGGUCUCCAUUGUAAGCAUAACAUGUCACAAUAGAAGG